UGUGUGCCGCGCCCCCUUGGCUGGGCGGGCGCUGGGGCUGCUGUCGCGCGCGGGGGAGGCGUUGGUGCGGGUCCUUGCUGCCGGCGGAGCACCGCGGCUCAGGUAGGGAAGUGUCAUCUGCAAAGUUGAAGGAAAGGAAAAGCAUAGUGAUUCUGGGUGUGAUUCCUGUGCGUUUUAUGUGACGGAUGGAUGCAGAGUUUCUAAGUCCAUUAUUCUAGAUUAUUGAACCUGAACUGGAACUACUACCUUACUAGGGAACUGCUUUCUUGCUGUUUCUAGCAUGCUAUCAACCAAGCCAGUCUUUGGAUGUAGUGCUGACUUUGGAACUAGAAGAAAUUGCUUCAUCAGAUGCUGUCUGAACAGUGAGGUUUGCUGGGAUGGGUAAUCUUCUUAAGGUCCUUACCAGGGAAAUUGAAAACUAUCCACAUUUUUUCCUGGAUUUUGAAAUAACCACAUGUGAAAGCUUUUUAAAAGUACUCACUUGCACAGAACUUGAUCAAGGGGCAAAUUUUUUCCUUGACUUUGAAAAUGCACAGCCUACAGAUGGAGAAAGGGAGGUAUGGAAUCAGAUCAAUGCAGUUUUACAGGAUUCUGAAAGCUUGCUUGCAGACCUUCAGGCUUACAAAGGAGCUGGACAAGAAAUAAGAGAUGCAAUACAAAACCCAAAUGAUAUCCAACUUCAAGAAAGAGCUUGGAAUUCAGUGUGUCCUCUGGUUCUGAGGUUGAAGCAGUUUUAUGAGUUUUCACUCAGACUAGAGAAAACACUACAGAGCUUAUUAGAAUCAUUGACCUGUCCACCCUAUACUCCAACUCAACACCUGGAACGAGAACAGGCUCUAGCCAAGGAGUUUGCAGAAAUCUUACAUUUUACUCUCCGCUUUGAUGAACUUAAGAUGAGAAACCCAGCCAUUCAAAAUGACUUCAGUUACUACAGACGGACAAUAAAUCGCAACAGAAUAAACAAUAUGCAUAUAGACAUUGAGAAUGAAGUAAAUAAUGAAAUGGCCAACAGAAUGUCUCUAUUUUAUGCAGAAGCCACACCAAUGCUCAAAACACUCAGCAAUGCCACAACACACUUUGUAUCAGAAAACAAAACCCUACCGAUUGAGAAUACAACAGACUGUUUAAGUACUAUGGCCAGUGUAUGUAAAGUAAUGUUGGAAACACCAGAAUACAGAAGUCGGUUCACCAGUGAAAAGACUCUUAUGUUCUGCAUGAGAGUAAUGGUGGGCGUUAUUAUUCUCUAUGAUCACGUUCAUCCCGUGGGAGCUUUUUCUAAGACAUCAAAGAUUGACAUGAAGGGGUACAUAAAAGUUUUAAAGGAACAGCCUCCUGAUACCGUGGAAGGCCUUCUGAAUGCUCUCAGGUUCACUACAAAACACCUGAAUGAUGAGUCUACUUCCAAGCAAAUUCGAGCUUUGCUUCAGUAGUCCCUUCUGAGACAAGUGGAUCUAUGUAUUGAUCACAGAAGAUGUGUAUGUUUACAUAAUUUAAUACAGAUUGGUGUUAAUACUUGUGUGUAUGUUCUUCACAUCACUGAAAUCUAUGAAUCUUUAGUCAUAAUAUGACUGACUUUAUGUAGCACAAUCUCCAUUUACAUGUCCGCCUUAUCUUUUUACAUUUUAUUUCAGCUACAUCUAUAACAGUCUGUUGUUGUCUGUGUUUGUUUAAUCCAAAAAAGCCGCCUCUUUCACAGAAGUAAGCAGUAGUAAGGACAAAAUGGACUAAACCCUAGGGGUGAAAUCUUGCAGGAGAAAUUUAAUAUGAAUUAAAAUAAAAGUGAAAUUGUCUCAUUUUCUUUUUUAGUGGCUGUUUAGUUGGAAAUUUAGUUUUACAUAAAGUUCUCCAUUGAAUUUUUAUGGAAUGAAGGUCAUUUGAAUGUUCAGCACCAUUGCAUGAGACGCAACAUGUUUUGUAUUAGGCAGAAGGAAAAGUGGCCACUUACUGCUCAUUCUUGCCUGGCUGCUAACAGCCAACAAAUUCUCUUGCCAAAGAAGACAUUUUGUCUCUUCGGUUUAUGAUGUAACCCUUUCCAUUCCACAGUUGAGAAAUUAAUAUCCUGUUUCAGGUUUAAUGUACUUACUUGUAAAAUGCAGUUCAAGACUAUCCUCCGAUUCAGACAACUUUGUAUUACUGAAGAAGAAGAAAUACUCUUAGGCCUAAUGCCUGAAGCUUGGAGAAUAAUGAGGAAGUACUAAAGCUUUGUGUACACUUGAAAUCUUAUGCCAAUUUCCCAAAUGAAAUCUAAGGAUCUGUCUAUACUGAAAUAAAACAUCUGCAGCUGGCCCAGGUCAGCUGACAUGGUCUCAAAGGGCAUGGGCUGCAGGCUAUAAAAUAGCAGUGUAGAUGUUGGGUCCUGGGCUCGUAGAGUCCCAGACCCUGGGUUCUAACCCAAGCCUGAAUGUCUACACUGCUAUUUUAUAUCCCCAAUCCCCACAACACGGGUCAGCCACAGGUCUCUUUGUAGUGUAGACAUACCUUAAAUGGGCAAAAAGCCUUUUUGCUGGUAUAACUGUCUGUACUAGAGCCUUCUGCUGAUAUAAAAACAUUGUAAAGACUCUCUCACCCCUAACUGACAUUAUUAUACCAGCAAAAGUUUCUAGUGUAAACCUGGUCUUAUUAGAGCAGGAGUGAUAUAAAGAGGGUUUGAUUGUGUUUGGGAGUUGAGCUAUUUGUAAUUGCCCUUAAAGUCAAACUCCUUUAUAGGACUUCUUAUCAGCCAGUACCAUGUGAAAACUGAGAAGUUUCAGUUGCUUACUUAGCUGUUGUUUUCAAAUGUGACUUAUACUUUCAAGAAGCUGAGUUCCUCACUGAGUUACAUUUGUUCUUAUUUUCUCCAGUCGAAGGAAUAAAGGUCUUUUGCAAAAACCAGAAAAGUGCUCUUUUGAGUGUCUGAGUGACCUGCAGCAGCUGUGAAUUUUCUAGCAGAGAGGAUCACGUUUUCAAAAACGUGCACUAAAUUUUGCAUGCUUGGCUUACAUGUUGCAUGUAAACUCUAAGGCAUAUGCAUAAACCCUGAUUUGUGUAUCCGUAUAUAUGUCGGAGUUUGUGUGCAGUCACUGGAGUUUUCAUGAAUGUUCUUCAGAAAAUGUGGCCCUUUAAUGUUUUCGAGGUGUAACGCUGCACGCUAGAAACUGUACUGCACUGCUACAAAGUUACUUAUCAAUGUCAGUUCCUAGGCAGUAUUUAGUUUGCAAGCUCUUUGGGGUAGGGGAUUGCCUUCUGUUUUAUAUUUACACAGCACUUAUUACUCUGAGGUCUCAAUUCUGAUUGGGGCCUCAAGAAGCUAACGUAAUGCAGAUAAUAAUCUUUCUGAUUCUACUAUACAGCUGCUGCUGAGUACUCAAGUGUCAUCAGAAACAGUUUAAUAUAGGGAUAUUUACCAAAUGUUCUUGAAAAAAGUACUUUUGCCAUUGUCAGCUAAAUGGACUAUAGAUUCGUAGUGGAUCUGGUAGAUUCUUUAUUUGCUAAAUUUCCUAAAGUUAAUACUUGCCUAUCUGUAAUUAUAAUUGUUAAACAUUGAAGUCUUUUAAGAGCCAAAAGAGGAGAGCUGUAUAAUAAAGAAAAAUGUAAACCUGAAAGCAUUCUUAAAGUUGUCAUGCGCUGUUUGCAAAUGUCAAUGCAUUUCUUUGCCUGGUGUGACGGGGCUAUUUUGUACAGAAGUUUGUUUGAAAUAAUAAAAAGUUUGGUACAUUCACA